AUGCCCAUCACCGAACUCGCUCUCCUCCACCUCACACCCGGUACCACAAUCGACGAUGCCGCCCUCCGCUCGAAACUGUCGCACGCAAAAACAGUCCUGCAGAACUACACCGGCCGGACCUUCUACUACAUGCAGCAGACGGAAGACCCAUCUUGCAUUUACGUCAUCGGAGAAUGGGACUCGCUUGAUCAGCACUUAAACGAUUUCAUCCCAAGCGCAGACAACCAAGCUUUACUGGAGAGUCUAAAAGACGCGAUUACUGUAGACUCCAACCUCGAACACCUUGAUGUAUCGAACGCUGAGCUCCCCUUGCCGACAACUCAGGCGCAACUCGAACAAGCGCGUCGUGGGGAACUGGUAUGGAGUAUCGUUCAUUGCAACGUCAAGGCUGAUGAGCGACACCGGUUCCUCGAUGCUUUUAAUGAAGAACUGCGGUUCUUACAGGGUCAUAUAAACGAGUUAAAGGGUAAGACAGGGCGUGGAUGGUGUGUUAGUGGGAAAGGAGACAAGGGAAAUGUUUCUGUGGCUUUGUGUCCGUGGAAGAGCGUUGAGCAACAUUUGGGAUUCGGCAAAACGGAAGGGUACGCGGAGGUUGGGGAUAUUGGAGAUUUUGUUGAUGAGAUUGAUCUGUUCACCCGCACUGACGUCCCGUAUAUCCACGGUCUGCCAGAGAUACCGGGCGCUCUCCCAAUUACGGGUCAUCUCACCCAGCUCGGCGACGACCAUGCUACAGUAUGCGAGAAAUGGUGGCGGCAGUACGGCAACUCUGUCUUCCAGAUCCGACUUGGUAAUACGCGCGCUGUGAUUGUCAACUCCUUCGAAGAUUGUAAAAAGAUCCUGGUUUCAAAUUCUCAAGGACUGAUCGAUCGGCCAAAACUGUAUACAUUCCAUGGUCUGAUCUCCUCGACUCAGGGUUUCACUAUUGGAAGCUCCCCGUGGGAUGAGAGUUGUCGGAACAAGCGCAAGGCUGCAUCGACUACGUUGAGUAAGGGUAUGAUGAAGAACUACUAUGAUAUGUUCGACCUGGAGUCUUACUGCAUCCUUCGCGACCUCCAUCGCGAUAGCAAGAGUGGAGAAGUCGAGGUCAGUAUUCGACCGUACAUACAACGCUAUGCCCUCAACACAACCCUCACGUUAUGCUAUGGCAUCCGCAUGGACGCAGUCUACGACGAUCUGCUCCGCGAGAUCCUCGAAGUGGGAUCCGCCAUCUCGCUCCUCCGCUCCGCUUCUGAGAACUACCAAGACUACGUCCCCAUCUUGAGAUACCUGCCGAACAACGAAAAGAACCGGCGCUCCAAAGAACUGCGUGAACGGCGAGACAAGUAUCUGAACGAACUUCUUGACAAAGUCCGCGGGAUGAUCAAGAACGGUACGGAAAAACCAUGCAUCAGCGCCGCCAUCCUCAAGGACGAAGAAACCCGCCUCACGGGCGUAGAAGUAAGCUCCAUCUGUCUGUCUCUCGUCUCUGGCGGUUUCGAAACUAUACCUGGUACGCUUGUAUCCUGUAUCGGCUCCCUUUCCACACCCGCAGGCCAGAUCUUCCAAGACCGCGCGUAUGCCGAGAUACGCAAAAUGUAUCCCACCGACGCGGCGUUGAAGGAAGCCUGGGCAACAGACUUUGAGAAAGAAACCGUACCAUAUCUGAACGCUAUCGUGAAGGAAGCGGGGCGGUACUAUACCGUUAGUAAUAUGAGUUUGCCGCGUAAGACAAUGGGAGAGGUUAGGUGGGGGGAUGCUGUCAUCCCGAAAGGGACGAUGGUGUUGAUCAACGCUCAGGCUGGUAACCAUGAUACCGACUACUGGGGCCCUACAGCCGCUACCUUCGACCCAGAACGCUGGCUCACCCCCCCUUCAUCCCCAGACGCCUUACAUACACCGACUUCGCACGCUAGCCCGCCUCACCUCUCCUUCGGUGCCGGAUCUAGGUCUUGUCCUGGCGCUUUGAUAGCGAGCAAGCUGAUCUAUGCUGCGCUGUUCCGUUUGCUCAGUCUAUACAGGAUUGAGGCCAGUGUGACGAAUCCACCAAACACGGAUUACGUGGACUAUAACGCGAUCAAGAGUGCUUUAGUGGCUAUACCAAGGGAUUUCGGAGUGAGGCUUGUGCCGCGAGGUGGUAGUGAGGGUGAUCUUUUGGGUAGUGUGCUUGAUGAAGGGAGAGUGAGGACUGCGGAGCUGUACAAGGAGUGA